AUGGGCAAUUCUAUAGUAGCAUCAUCAUCAUCUACGUCGAUUGACUGUAUAUACUCUCAUUGCAAAUUGGAUAAAUAUGAUGGAAAUGCAUUAGUAUCCACAACCACAGAAAGAAAUGGAGUACACAUUGGACCUCAGUGGAACGCUGAAUCAUUGCGUGGUGCCAAGUGGAAUGGAGAAGUUGGUUCUCUUUAUCAUGGAAAGAUAUAUAGAACAAUACACCUAUCCAAAAAAAUCCAUGAUGGUGUGUCCAUUAAUGAGUUGCUUAGUGAUAAAGAAAGAAUAGAAUACAUCAGAAGUUACCUCACCCCUCUUUCUGCUGCCAUGAGACAAGGUGCGAACAUUAGGGGUUAUUUCAUGUGGAGUCUGAUGGAUAAUUUUGAAUGGGCAUUUGGCUAUACACAAAGAUUUGGGUUGUAUUAUGUUGACUUCAAAACACAAGACAGGAUUCCAAUAUUAUCUGCAAAUUGGUACAAUAAAUUUUUGAACAUUCCUACAAUGCUUCUAAAGCCAGGGAUUGACAUGUAA